AUGAAGUGGCAACAUGUUCCCACGGCUUUGAACCCUGCCGACGUACUCUCCAGAGGCCUCAACGUGGUAGAUGUCAACAAAGGCACAUGGCUGCUACUGCGAUUGGUGCAGUUGUCAAAUUUAUGGAGUGAUGUCAAGGAAAUUCGUUCGAAGGGCUUCGUCAAGAAAUCGAGUUCAAUCGCUUCUUUGUUGCCGUUCAUCGUCCAAUUUGGACUUCUGCGUGUUGGCGGUCGGCUAGCCAAUUCAACUCUUCCCUACGAUGCUCGCCAUCCUAUUAUAUUACCUCGACGGCAUCCCAUUACGUUGGCGCUCAUCGCUCACCAACAUGAAAAGAAUCUUCACGUUGGAGCUAGAGCAUUAUUAGCAAAGAUUCGGUUACAAUAUUGGCCGAUUGGCGGACUGCGAACUGUGUCGAAGGUUGUUCGCAAUUGCAUCGAAUGCUUCCGGGCCAAGCCCACUGUGCUCGAACCAAUUAUGGCCAGCCUUCCGAAGGAACGGUUUCUGAAUUCUCGUGCCUUUGCAACAAGCGGAGUGGACUACUGCGGGCCGUUUUACUAUAAAUCUGAAGUUCGGAACAGACCCCCAAUCAAAUGCUACAUCAGCGUAUUGAUCUGCUUUGCUAGCAAGGCGAUUCAUCUGGAGUUGGUGAAGGAUUUGACAACUGCCGCCUUUCUGGGAACGCUAAAAGAUUCGUGUCACUUCAAACUUCUCCUCAGCGAUCCUCAUAAGGAGUCAGUUCAUCGUGUGUGCCUGAUGGACAACAUCGAGUGGAAGUUUAUUCCUCCUCGUUCCCCACAUUUUGGUGGACUAUGGGAAGCAGCAGUCAAGAGCGCAAAGCACCAUCUGUAUCGCUCUGUUGGUCGCUCUAUUCUCAAUUACGAUGAGCUUCGCACUCUGGUUUGCCAAAUAGCGGCAAUAAUUAAUAGUCGUCCAUUGCUAUCAAUUUCAGAAAGUCCUGACGAUUUGGAUGUGCUGACUCCCGCUCAUCUAUUGUUUGGUGGUCCUCCAACCGUGAUUCUUGAGCCGGACCUAAGUACGCUGGACUACAAUCGGUUGGAUGGUUGGCAGCGUGUCACUCAGCUGCAGCAGGUCUUCUGGAAUAGAUGGCGGGAGAUGUAUCUGACUCUUCUCCAGCAAAGAUCGAAGUGGCGCACUCCUGAUCGUCGUCUCCAAGUCAACGACUUGGUCUUGGUGAAGGACGAAAAUUUGCCUCUUCGGUGGCCGCUAGCCCGUGUCAUGUCACUUAUCCCCUGCAAGGACGGCGAGUGUCGAGUUGCCGAGUUAAAGACGUCGUGUGGCAGCACCCGGAGAGCCAUAAAUAAACUAUGUCUACUGCCCCUGAAGGAUGAUGUUGAAAGAUAG